AGCAAGUCGGAGGCUACACUGUAAACGUGUUUAACAACGCCUUGCGUAUCCAACAGAUGCCAACAAGUGACCAAACUUGAACAAACCACCGCGGUUCUCGCAAAAAACCAUUCUUCUAUCAUCUAAUCGCUCUCUUCGAAAUAUAAUGGCGUACACGCGCCACAUUACUAUUCCUCUGGUCUUCUGGUGCAAUGCCGCCUUGCACCACGUACAGAAGUACAUAGAAUAUCCGGGCAUCGAAAUUGACAAUGCACACGUGUCGUCCUACGCAGGAGAGGUGGAGUUUAUGACACACUUAACGUGCAUGCACCACAAUGGUUGUAACGGGUUGGAACGACUGCAUUGUUCAGCUCCCUUCGAUUGUUCUCAUAAUUGCUCACAGUGAUCGAUCGAUCAGGCCUUGCGCGGCAUGCACCCAACUUGGCUUGCUGAAUUACACCACCGUGACGAAUUGAUGGCACACGUCUGCGGACUGCAGCA